ACCACACUCCCAACCUGACAAUAAAUGCAACGCGGACUAAAUUUAAGCUAGAGGUGAUAAUGCGUUAACACCGUUCCUAACCAGACAAAAUUUGUUCUGCGUAUUUCGCGAAGUUUCGUUUGAUUCCUGUUUAACCAAUAGUUUACAGAUUGUGAUCAAAGUUUCCUUUCCACAUGCUGGCAACUACAAUGAGUCGUCUGCCAAUGGCAGCUGUAACUAGCUGCCUAUCGAGGUCAUGUAUCCUGACGAAAGCUGGCAAACCAUCAUUCUACACUCCUGUACAGAUGUUCACUAAUCAAGCACGUGCCUCAACCCGAAGAGCUACACGAGCUGCCAAAGCCAGAUCUUUGAAAGAAAUCAUUAUGGCACCUGCUACUGAUACAUCUUUCAAUCUAGGCCGUGGCUUGGUUGCAGGUGCAUCUGUGAUUGGUUUAGGAUCUCUGUGUUACUAUGGCCUUGGAUUAUCCAAUGAAGUGGGAGCCAUUGAACGUGCUGCGAUAUGGCCAGAAAUUGUACAGCAGAGAAUUCGUGACACCUACCUUUAUUUUGGCGGUAGUAUUGGUAUUACUGCUCUCUCAGCUAUGGCCGUCUACCGUAACCCUACUAUGCUUAACUUAAUGAUGAAGAAUUCAUGGCUGGCUAUCGGUGCUACAUUUGCUGCAAUGAUUGGAAGCAGUAUAUUGGUUCGAUCUAUUCCAUACCAGCCCGGAGUCGGAGCAAAACAGUUUGCCUGGAUGCUUCAUAGUGGUGUUGUUGGUGCUGUCAUUGCACCGUUAUGUCUUUUGGGUGGUCCUGUUGUAGUACGCGCAGCUUGGUAUACAGCUGGAGUUGUUGGCGGUUUAUCUACAUUGGCCAUGUGUGCACCAAGUGAGAAGUUUUUGAAUAUGGGUGGACCUUUGGCUGCUGGUCUUGGUGUUGUGUUUGUAUCUUCUAUUGGUGGCAUGUUCCUACCUCCUACCACAGCUCUUGGUGCUGGUCUUUACUCUAUAAGCAUCUAUGGUGGUUUGGUUCUCUUUUCAAUGUUCUUAUUGUAUGAUACUCAAAAAAUUAUCAAAAAAGCAGAAACACACCCGGUGUAUGCCAUGCGACCAUAUGACCCUAUUGACAGUUCUAUUGGUAUUUAUAUGGACACAAUAAACAUUUUUAUUCGGAUUGUCACAAUUUUGUCUGGCGGCAGUAACCGAAGACGCUAAGAAAAUAUCUAGCCAUGAUGUGUAUUGUUCUAUUAAAACUUGUGUCAUUACAGAACUCCAACUUCAGUAACACCAUUACUUAACAAAUUUGUGAUGGUGUAAAUAAAUACAAAAAACAAAAAAACAUAACGAAUACUUUAAAAGUGGGCUUCUAAUAUUGUUGACUGAAUUAGAUAUUUUCGUUUUUUUUUUUUUCCUACUUAUUUCUUUUCAUUUUAAUUACAUGUAAUCCUUUAUAAAAAUUAUUUUAACAUCCCUUCUACAAAUCUUUCUGUAGUGAAUGGACACUCUAAUGAGGGAAUUGUUAUAAAAACUCUAGGAAUGAAAUAUGAAACCAUUGUACAGAAAGUGAUAAAUAUUUUAUUCUGA